UUUUUUUAUCGAGAGAUACAUCUGGGAACAACUUCUCAAGUACAAGGUUGUGUCAGAGGGGUUCUCUUCGACACCAGCAACCGAAAUAUUUAUCAUAAUUGUUGGGUGAAAACAAAAGUUCCAUAUUACGCCAUCUCACUUACAAGGAACUGCAUUGUGAAAAUACACUCUGGGAGAUCGACUGAUGCAACCAAGUUUCAUUUUCGUUUCACGCUAUCAACUAAUAUUUUAGACUCGAAAAAUCCCAUGACGGAUUUUUUCGGCGUUAAUGCUAAAUUUUGAACCAAGCAGUUGAGGAAAAAACCCAACGAAUUUAAAAAUAAUUCCCUUCAGUGUGAAGCAGUUUCUCGGAAUUCUAAGCAGGAAGGUUCACUGCUCAUGCGCAGACCUUACAUGGUAUGAGAUAAGCCACGGACUUUGCUCGCCGACUGACGCCAGUACUUCAAACAUUUUAAAGUUAGCAUCGCGCUCCGCUUGAAAAAGACGGACCAUGAGUGAAGAUCAUUUACGACAGAUUGAAAAUCGUGGUCGAACUGCCACGGCCUUUUUCGGUUUGGUUGAGACUUCACAAGCUGAACGAGAGAGACUAAACGAAAUCAUCAUUAGUCAGCACAGUGGUGAAAUCGACUCUCUAAAGGAAAAAAUCGAAGAGAAGAAUGAAGAGAUAUUGCGUCUUCACAAAGCCAUAAAAGUACUCGAGGACAAGAACAAGAAAUUGGACAUCGCUUUGAAAACCCGCAACGAAGAAGUUGCGAAACUCAAGACAAGGAUUACCAAGCUGGAAGCUGAGAAAAAAGGCUUGGAAGAUAAGUUGAGGAACGUCGAAGGAAAGCUCGAUCGCAUGGAAAAGGAAGUUGAAGAAUUGGAUAAGGCAAAGCAGGUUCAAGAGGAAGAAAAUGUUAAUCUAAAAGAGUGUUUGGCGAUUAUGUCUGGAGAAGUGGAAAGUGUAAAGCAAGAGCUGGUGUCGACCAGAAACGAAAACCAAAAUUUGAAGAAAGAGGUGAGAGACCUUGGUCAAAAGCUAGUCACUUUCUUCCCAACCGGUUUCAAAGAGGGAUUGCCGAUGCUGACUCCUCCGCCACCACCUGAGCUCCAAGCUUCUUUAUUUCUGGGGGAGUUGAGCCGCCAACUGCAAGCUAAGAUGUACAAGUAUGUCUUCCCACAGUUGUACACCCCCAUCGUUGGUUACAAGGUGAAGACCAUUCGUCGCGACCUGAAGAGGCUUCCGACUGAAGAAGCAAACCAGAGGUGGAGUGAAUUGCAAAAGAAGCUGAAUUGGGACGAAACGUACGAGGAAGCAAUAAAACUCCUGCAGGAAAACAGGAAUGCUAAUGCACAUCCCAAGAUAACGGGAAAGUUACUUCGUGAAGCGGUGGAAGUCUUGGGUGAAAAAGGUAACCUAAAAGGUUGGCUCACACGGGAACGCCUUGAUGUCUUAAUAAGUAUGUGGGAACAAAUUUAGCCACUAGAGGAGAUUCUUUCUAAGCCAUUUCAGUUUUUUCCUUAUUAGAGCAGUCUUCUAUUGUUGGAUAUGUACUAAAGAUUCUACCGAGCGUGAAGUGAAUCUGGAAUUGUUUUGUUCGAAUAUUCUCUACAUCAGUAAGAAUGUUAAGAGUCGUGAUGACUCACCAGUUUCUUCAGGAACCAUAAACUGAAACAAUCCCAGCUUGUUGGAUAUUUUGGGGAAACAAAUUCCUUCCAUGAAAUCUGUAUAACUUCAAUCGAACGUUUUAAGAACUUUGGCGUAUUUUCAGUCGACAAGAAUAAGUGUCAGCCUGAGCAUUUCGGUAUCUUUUAAUUACAAACAUUCCUUUUAGUUUCAGCAAAUUUGCAUCGCUAGCUAGCCUAAGAAUUCAGUGUUUACUACUCGACAGACGAGUUACAUUAAAAGUAGCGAAUUCGAAGAGAAAUGCCAAAGCAAAAUGUGCAUCUGCCUACGAGGGGAGUACUCUUAAGUCCUUUCGAUAUCAGGAGGCGAGUAAAAUGUGUAAGGUUUUUCCUUUAACGUUUCUCGAGAAGAAAAUAUUUUCAAACAGCCUAUGAUUAUGUUAGAAGUUUCCUUUGACAUGGUAAUCACUUAUUUAUGAAAGGAACAUGACUUCGAUGAUUUGCACAUUCGUGUUCUUUACAUUAGCUUACUGCUUCUUUUAGCGAAUCUUAACUAAAUGAUUACAAGAUCAUUUCAACAAAUAAGUUGGCUUUAUAUCAUACAGUGAAAAAAUUGGAUCACAAACAGUAAUUUCUGUUUGAUUGUCUUUUGUUCAGCAAAAGGAGCACGAUCAAUUUAAAAUCCUCCUUGAAGAUCGUAACCUCCCGUUCACAAAGUUUUUGUCUGUGUCACGUUUUGGCAGCAUUUUAAGGCUUUGUACUUAUGUAUUUCACCGCAGAUCAAUAAAACAAAUAGAUCUUUUCCGAGAAA